CUUCCAGCCGGCAGAGGGCGCUGCUCCCCGUAUCGCCGCUCCUCGCACUCUCUAUCGCCUUCCCCCAGCCUCUCCCCUCCCCCGGCAGCCAUUUCCCGCUCUGCUCGUGCGGUGUGAACGUCCUGGGGACGAAUUUUUGUCAUUUAGUCUGAUCUCGGAUCGGGAUCAGCGCUGACUGUAUCGCUCAUCAUGGUGAGUAACACAGAGCACCCGGGUUACCGGAACCGACUGAGACUGGACCCAUAGCAAUCAAUGGAGGGAGACUGGACCCCUAGCAAUCAAUGGAGGGAGACAGGACCCCUAGCAAUCAUUGGAGGGAGACUGGACCCCUAGCGAUCAAUGGAGGGAGACAGGACCCCUAGCAAUCAAUGGAGGGAGACUGGACCCCUAGCAAUCAAUGGAGGGAGACUGGACCCAUAGCAAUCAAUGGAGGGAGACUGGACCCCUAGCAAUCAAUGGAGGGAGACAGGACCCCUAGCUAUCAAUGGAGGGAGACAGGACCCCUAGCAAUCAUUGGGAGGGAGACUGACCCCAGCGAUCAAAUGGAGGAGACAGAACCUCGAAGAUCAGUGGAGGGAGACUGACCCCCCAGCGAUCAGUGGAGGGAGCACUGACCCCUAGCAAUCAAUGGAGGGAGACAGACCCUCUAGCAAUCAAUGGGAGGGAGACAGGACCCCUAGCACCGGAAUGGAGGGAGACAGGACCCCUAGCAAUCAAUGGAGGGAGACAGUGGACCCCUAGCAAAUCAACAACAACUUGAGGGAGACCUGGACCCCUCUAGCAAUCAAUGGAGGGAGACUGACCCUAGCAAUCAAUGGAGGGAGACUGGACCCCUAGCAAUCAAUGGAGGGAGACAGGACCCCUAGCUAUCAAUGGAGGGAGACAGGACCCCUAGCAAUCAAUGGAGGGAGACUGGACCCCUAGCGAUCAAUGGAGGGAGACAGGACCCCUAGCGAUCAAUGGAGGGAGACUGGACCCCUAGCAAUCAAUGGAGGGAGACUGGACCCCUAGCAAUCAAUGGAGGAGACUGGACCCUAGCAAUCAAUGGAGGAGACAGGACCCCAGCAAUCAAUGGAGGGAGACAGGACCCCUAGCAAUCAAUGGAGGGAGACUGGACCCCUAGCGAUCAAUGGAGGGAGACAGGACCCCUAGCGAUCAGUGGAGGGAGACUGGACCCCUAGCGAUCAGUGGAGGGAGACUGGACCCCUAGCAAUCAAUGGAGGGAGACUGGACCCCUAGCAAUCAAUGGAGGGAGACAGGACCCCUAGCAAUCAAUGGAGGGAGACAGGACCCCUAGCAAUCAAUGGAGGGAGACAGGACCCCUAGCGAUCAAUGGAGGGAGACUGGACCCAUAGCAAUCAAUGGAGGGAGACUGGACCCCUAGCAAUCAAUGGAGGGAGACUGGACCCCUAGCAAUCAAUGGAGGGAGACUGGACCCCUAGCAAUCAAUGGAGGGAGACUGGACCCCUAGCAAUCAAUGGAGGGAGACAGGACCCCUAGCGAUCAAUGGAGGGAGACAGGACCCCUAGCGAUCAGUGGAGGGAGACAGGACCCCUAGCGAUCAGUGGAGGGAGACAGGACCCCUAGCGAUCAGUGGAGGGAGACAGGACCCCUAGCGAUCAGUGGAGGGAGACAGGACCCCUAGCGAUCAGUGGAGGGAGACAGGACCCCUAGCGGGGAGGGGGGGGAGGGGGAAGACAGGACUCGUAGUAAUCAAUGGAGGGAGAGCUGAAGGUGGAGACAGGACUCGUAGUAAAGGGACACUCCAGGCACCCAGACCACUUCUGCCCAUUGGAGUGGUCUGGAUGCCAACUCCCAUUACCCUUAACCCUGCAAGCGUAUUUAUUGUAGUUUUUAUAAAGUGCAAUAACUACCUUGCAGGGUUAAGUCCUCCUCUAGUGGCUGUCUAUCAGCUUCCGGGUUCUUAAAACACAAAAAGUGUGUUAAACUACGAUCGGUGUCCUCGCGCUAUGCAUGGGGACCUCCAGCGUCGCCAAAAUCCCCAUAGGAAAGCAUUGAAUAAAGCUUUCCUAUGGGGAUGUCUAAUGCACAUGCAGCCAUUCCCGUGCAUUAGGUCUCCUCCCACCGGCUGACGUCGUCGGUGGUGGAGCGUGUGCAGAACCUGAUCCAGCGCCAAGGGACAUCGACGAUGGAUUCAGGUAAGUCACUAAAGGGGUUUUAACCCCUUCAGCAACAUGGGAUGGGGGUGCAGGAUUCUGAGCAUCCCUUUUAAUGGAGGGAGAGCUGGGGGACAUGACUCCUAGAAAUCAAUGGAGGCAGAGCUGGGGGACACACAGGAUUUCUAGUAAUCAAUGGAGGGAGAGCUGGGGAAUCAUAGUAAUUGAUGGAGGGGAGGCAGGACAGGAAUCCUAGUAAUUGAUGGAUGGAGUGGGGACAGGGCUCAUAAAAGCUAAUGGAUGAGGAGCAGGACUCCUAAAUGUAUUGUCUGGGGGGGUGUAACAAAGUUAAUUUAUAAAAUGCCAAUUUCUAUUGAAAUCUUCACUUUUCUAAAACAAAACAAGAUGCAUUUAGCAAGCAGAAGUACUUUAGAAAUCUGGAGUGUCCUUUUAAUUUCCAUGUAGAUGGGGAAACCAGCCAUGUAACGUGGGUUUACAGUAGUUUUUUGGUUUGGGUUUUUCUUUUUCACUAAAAUUUGUAUAAUUAUAUUCUACUUGUGUUUUUAAAAAAAGAAAAAAAAAGCUUAAAGGUUGUUUUUAUUUUCACCCUUUCAGAGUUUACCAUUGAACCCAAAACCAUUUCUUAAUGGCCUCACCGGCAAACCAGUCAUGGUCAAGCUAAAGUGGGGCAUGGAGUACAAGGGAUACUUGGUUUCUGUGGAUGGGUAUAUGAACAUGCAGGUAAGAAAAAUAGAGAAUGUCAUGUUUGUUGCUAAAGACCAAUUUUUCUGUUGUACAUCAGACAACCCAAAGUCUAGAGCGAUACAUACCCCAUUGAUAUACACUAUACUGUACCUAGUGGUGUUUUUCCACUCAUUGUACAGCUCUGUGGAAUUUGUUGGCACUAUAUAAAUAAUAAUAGUGUUACUGAAAAGUAAAUCCCUUUGUCUACAAAACAUUUCACACGGAGGGUGUAUUAAAUUGAGAUUUUGUGUAGACCAUUUUAAAGUAAAAUUUUACUUAAUAAGUAAAACUUCUUUUAGUAGUGAUCAAAUGUAAAAGUAAAUGUUUUCUGCUCGCAUUCUUUGGCCGUAUUUUCAUGUACGAAUGUUAAUGCUAUCCACAAUUCUCCACCUACUGAAAAACACUUCCAGUGAUUCAUUUAGCUGUAAGAUGUUUUUAUAUCAAAGAUCUUAUCAACAUCUAGGGUAUUAUUCCAUGUUAUACCAGACUUAUAUAUGGUUUUUCUUUUUCUCCCAAUAAAGCUUGCUAACACAGAAGAAUACAUAGAUGGUGCAUUGUCUGGACAUCUUGGGGAAGUAUUAAUACGGUAAGAAUAAUCUGUUCACUCACACAUGUCCGAUGCACAUAACAAUAGAGGAAGGAUAUUGAUCAUUGUGAACAAUGUAUCUAAUGCUGCAUCAGCAAUGUUUAUUUCAAUAUCUGAAGCACGGUAUUUACUUUGAAAGGCUUAAUUUAUUUAUAUUGGUAUUUUGGGUCCAUUGUCUCUAACCUGUUUGACUCAAAUUCUGUAAUUAGCAUUAGUGCCUCCAUUUUUCAUUUGUAAAUAUAGCUUGAUGAUACAUUCAUAAUUUGUAAAAUUACCUCGGGGACCAUUCAUGAAAUGUAAAACUAACUUUGGAGAUUGUUCUUAAAAUGAUCCUUGCAUCCAGAUUGUGUGGGUGAUGUUCUCCUACAGUUAAUUACAACUAUACUGAUAUAAUGUAUUGCAACAAAAACAGACAGAAGCUAAGAGAAACUCAGUAGCUUUCCCUUCGGUUAGUCCCCGCUCAGGUCUCAAAUGUUUUUUGUUAACUUGUGCCAUUACAAAGAUAUCCGGUAACAUUUGCAUUUCAGACCCAGCUCAUUCAUAAGGGCAGUCUAUAACCAAAAUGCCGGCAUGUUCUCUCUGCGUGAGAAAUACAGCAACCAAGAAUGGUAGUUUCAGCCUUCUUUAAGCCUUAUUAGUAAGGUAUAGCUGAUAUCUUCUAGGUAAAACAUUUUUGAGAGCUGAGCAGAGAUUAACUAAAGAGCAAGCUACUGAGGUUCUUGAAGCUUCUGUCCGUUUGAUUUGUUGCAGAGCAAUUUGCUAGGGCUCUCCCUUAGCAAAAAAGGAAAUCCAGAUGUGGAAUCGGCUACACUUUGCUGCGUAGGCCCAAAGAAGGCCACCACUAUCAUCCUGGGUUGCUGUAUGUCUCGUGCAAAGAGGACUUUUGGCAUUUCGGUUCUGGACUGCCGUUAUGGGGGAGAUUAUUUCUGAUAUGCCAAUGUUACCAGUUCUCUCUGUAACGGCAAUUGUAAGCAAAAAACAUUUGAGACCUGCACAUGGAUUUACCAAAGGGCAAGCUACUGAGUCUCUAUAAGCUUUUGUCCAUUCUCAGAGUUCUCAUUCUUUGGUUUUUGCAGAUAAACACUCACCUGCAAAUGUUGAGAUUAAAAGAUACUUAUCUGAAUGUCGCUUCCUCCAUGAUUAGUGUCAGGGACUGGAUGGAGUGGCUUUAUAAGCAAUGCCCUAACUUCACAUUUCUCAUGUGCACAUUGAGUUGUAUGGGAUGCAACUGUGUAAUUACAGGUCGUAUAGUCACGCAUGUGGUUCAUAUCAGUAAAUCCCCAAAUGGUCUGUUUAUAUAAAAUAUUAAAUAACAUUUCUAUAAAUUUGCUGAUCGGUUUUGGCAUUGUGCAAGCCUUGUGCGUACUUACAGUUAAACUACAAAACCAUUUAUAACAAGUUUUGGAUACGUGAGAAAACCAUUCACAAAACUGUCAGACCUAUACAUGUCUGCAGCUGAUUUACCAAUAAGAAUUUCUUAAACAAGAAUUUCUUAAAUAAUUAACCUCAGAAAUAGAACAAACUUCUCAAAAAAUACCUCCUUCUGGACACAAAACCAAAGCCAUGUGUGUUUUACUAUAUACAGUUACUAAACAUAUACAUGAUAGAGUAAGGUGUGACACUGCCUCUCUGACAACCAGAAGCUCUUAAUCCUGACAGUACAGGGUGUAUGUCAUUGCCUGAGAGCUGCAGUUAUUAACUGUGCAGGUUAUUUCAGAAUAAGCAGAUUUCCACUUGCAGGUCAAAAUUUCCUGGUAGCUAAAUGCUAGUAGAAAUGAUUGCUGCCUCAGCAGUGCAUAGAUUUAGUUCAUAAGUAAUCUGUUAACAACUUUGCCUAAAGGAGAUGUUGUCAAAGUUUGUUAGUUUUGCUUUCAAGAACGGAUUAUUAGUGUUUUACCAAGAAAAUAAUCACUAUAAUUUGACUAGCCCAGAUUAAUCUGAAUGCUCUUGGUUAAUUUACUAGUCUGUGACACUCAUCAUUUUAACAUCUUGCUUUCUCUGUUGUAGGUGUAACAAUGUACUAUAUAUACGCGGUGUCGAAGAGGAGGAAGAAGAUGGCGAGAUGCGAGAAUAAAUUGUCAUGAUUUUUUUUUGUACAUUUUGAGCAAAAAAAAAACGUCCCCUUCAUUUGUUACGAAGGCUUUUUUUUUUUUUAUACUCUUAACAGGGUUGAGUUUUUGUAGAACAUUGUCUUAUUUUCUGUUAAAGAGUAAAAUAAACUGAAUUGUAAUAACGUGGUCUAAAUGCGCUGAAUUAAUCUUUUAUUUUCAAAUGUAGAAUGUGGCAAACUAUGCCAAAUGGCCAGUAUUUAAGUGAAGAAAUACUUCUCUUCCUCUUGCAUCCUUCGGAUCAUUUCUUCGUUAUAAUUUGUCGUCUUUUUUAUGGAUGGCGGAUCUGACCGAAUCAUCAAUUUCCUCCCCUCCUGUAGGACAAGGCAGAGAAUGCUUAUAGUUUAAAAUAUUCAUUUGCAUAGCAAACUAAGGUUUUGUGCAAGCUCCUGAAAAAUGGGACAGGAACAAAUUUAAAUAUAUGUAUUUUUUUUUUAUUUUUUUUUAACAUUGCCC